AUGCAGUCAUUCACACUCCCCCUCCCGAACAAUGCUACGGUGGCCGGCAUACACUCGAUUCCAGACCCGAACACAUCUCUUCGCCGUCGUCCACUGAUUGUUGCCUUGCACGGUGGAACUUACGACUGCCAUUAUUUUGAUGGCACGCCAGACUGUUCCGCCUCCAGAGCAAGUAUUGCUUUCGGCGUCCCGUUCGUGUCUAUUGACCGACCUUGCGUUGGUGGAACCAGCUCAUUUCUACCCGUCCCGGAGGGAUCGAACUUCAAUCAAGAAACUGGGCGCUGGUUGCAUAGCUAUAUCCUCCCAGCCUUAUGGUCCAAGUUCGGCGGCGGUUGCAACUGCAUUGUCCUCCUGUGCCAUAGUCUUGGUGUCAUGGGAGGCACCGUCGCUGCGGCGAUGCAUGCACAGGAUGAGAAGCCGCGAUAUCCACUCGGAGGGCUAAUCGCAAGCGGAAUGGGUGACAAGUUGGCGCCAUCGGCAAAUAGCUCUCCUCCACCCGUGUAUGAGAAGGUCAGCUCGGAUUACGUUUCGAUGCCUGCGGAUGUCAAGGAUAGAAUAAUGUUCAAGCCAGGGACCUGUAGUUCAGAAGUUCUGGCUCACAGUGACCGCCUGAAUGCAGCAAUGCCCCUUGUGGAGUUACAACAGUUUCCAACUAUUUGGCUUCCUACAUGGCGAGAAGAUUGGGCGAAGCAUGUCGUAGCACCCGUUAUGUUCGCACUCGUGGAGGACGAUGUCUUUUUCGAGGCAUCCGAGGAGGAAACCAGAAGCUGCACGGCAGCAUUCGCAAACAGCGUCCGGGUUGAUGGCAGUCUGGUCAAAGGCGCACCUCAUUGCAUGGAACUGAGCUAUUGGUCGCAGGGGUGGUACGCGCGUUGUUUCGGAUUUGCGUUGGAAUGCUCUGCCAGUUUAUCCGCUGUUUGUGAAGUUACACAAGAAGCCUAG